CUAAGUUAGGAUCGAUGGCUCGCAUUAGCAACGUUAACAAAACUGCGUGGGAACGUUAGCUAGGUGGUGUGAAUAUGACAGUUUCUGCUACGUAGCCUCUAAGUGUCUUGACACAUUAUUUAACGUUAAACUAACGUUAGAUGCUAUGCAUUCUUCUAAUCUUUCUGUAAAACUAGGUGGAGUCUGGUGAGGCCUACAGUGUAUGUUUUAACAUCAGGCCUGUGGCUUAUUAUGUUGAAAUAUGUACUGUUGUCAAACUAAUCCCCCCUCUCAGACACUGCACUAUCUGGUCUAGCCAUUGACAUGGCUGCAAAAACGGUUUAAUUUCUGUAGUCAGCGUUUAGUUUUGCACUUUCUCACGGUCUCUUAAUCCACUUUACCUUUCAAAUUGUUGUAAAGUUUGACAAACAUGGCCUCCACACCUCCACACAAUUUCUCCUGGGUAGAUCCAGACAAACUGGCUGGACUGGCGCUCCCCAGGAUGACAUCUGAAUACCAGUACCUGCUGGACAACGGUAUCAAACACCUGGUUUGCCUGUGUGAGAGAAAACCACCUUACUAUGACUCGUGCCCAGAGUUACAGCUGCACCACAUCAAGAUAGCGGACUUCACUCCUCCUUCACCAAGUCAGAUUGAUAGAUUCCUCUCUAUCGUGGAAGAGGCCAACUCCAAGGGGGAGGGUGUGGGAGUUCACUGCAUGCACGGUCAUGGGAGAACAGGGACCAUGCUGGCCUGCUACCUGGUGAAGACGAGGAAGAUAUCGGGGGUCGACGCCAUCAAUGAGAUCCGCAAUCUGCGGAAAGGCUCGAUUGAAACUCACGAACAAGAGAAAGCUGUGGUGCAGUUUUAUCAGCGCACAAAGUAGCUUUUACACAAGUAACAUACAGUAUGUGCUUCUGUUAGGAAGCAGAAUAACAGUGGUUUUUACAGAGAAUAAGCACACAAUAAGUGGAAGAAGUGCCUCAAUUAUAUUGCUAAAUGAACACUUUAUUAUCUCGGAAUAGGAAAAAACAAGAAUGAAUGCUUAAAAAGGUAAUGCAUAAAAAAAA